UAAAAGAAUUUUAAUAUACAUAAUUCGACCGGAUACAAUGGAGGAAAAGGGUUUUGCCUGCUAAUGUUACAGGUAUCCGAUCCAUGCUAUAGAUUGCAUCAUUACAACUUACAAGACUCCCAGAUACACACUAGUAGUAUUCUUCCAACACACGCAAAUCCAAGUCCUUGGAUUGAAAUUGGGUUUUCCCUGAUCAAAUUCCCUUAAUCGACAUUUUUCCGCUGGGGAAACUUUGCUUAUUCUUACUUAAUUCCUGAUCUGUAAGUAUCGUUGAUUGCCGGUGUUUCUGUUAUGUCGGAUUUGAUAGAAUUGGGGGCAUCUGUUGUUUAUCUUUGGUGACAUGAAAGAAGUGGGGAGAUCUGUCCAUUCGAUAGACGUGGUAAAGAAAAAAAGCUCUUCUGGAUGCUUGAUUAUCAAAAAGAAGGUAGCAGAUGGUGUUGGCGGAGUUCAAGGGUUUAGCGAUUCGUCAUCAAGGAAGCUAUAUUACUCGGCAAAAGAGAAAAAAAGACCAAGAGCGAUUAGGAGUGAUUCCGAGUCCAGUGAUGAGUUCACAGAGCCUUACCGCCAAAAACUUGAUAAUUUUCACAAUGGUUCAUCUUUUAGUAAUAGGGGUUUUAUGGGAAAUAGAGAAUCAGAGAUUGAGAAAAGGGUAAAUAAUGGGAUAAAUAUGCAUGAGUUUGAUGAGUAUAAUGGAUUCCAUGAGAGGAUGAAUAGGAAGGAUGUUAACGAUCAUAGACAUGGGUUGAAGUUACAUUGGCAAAGUGGAGAUCUAAAGAAUUCUGCAAGUGGUAGUAGUAGGAUAAUCGAUGAUAAGAGAAGGGAAUUCCUUCAUGAUAAAAGGAAUGCCAUUUUGGGUGGAAAUAGUAGUAGGCCUAUUCAUGGCAUCAAAAGUGGAUACAAGAUGGAGGACGAUAAAUCCCAUUUACCCCUUCAUUAUAGAGAAGUUUCUGAUGAACCUAUCAGGUUGCAAGGGAAAAAUGGUGUUCUAAAGGUGAUGGUAAAAAAGCAUAAGCAGAUUAGUGUUCCACAUCAAAGUUAUAAUCAUCAUCCAGAAGUUGAAGAGUGGAAAGAAUCUAGGCCAGUAGUUUACAAAAAGAAACAACAGAACAUGUCCCAUAAAAGCCAUGAUCACUGGGAAGGUCCUAAUAGGAAAAAAGCAGCUAUGGAGUCUUCUUCAUUGCACUCUGCUUCAAGGCAUCCUGAGAAACCAGUUUCAUUCAAGAAUCAAGUGAAAGGUGAAGUUGAUUUGGAUUUGGAAAAACCAGUUUUAGAUGAUAGCGAUACAUCAUUACCAAUAAAACCAUCUGCUGAAAAAAUGGUUAAAAUUGAAAAAAGAAUAACCCCACAAACCAAAAAAGUUACUCCAGUUAAAGGGAAAGAAAGCAAGGUUAAACGUGGAAGUGGCACUGAAAAGCAAUUAUUGAGAGAGAAGAUUAGAAGUAUGCUUCUUGGUGCUGGUUGGACCAUUGAUUAUAGACCAAGAAGGAACAGAGACUACCUUGAUGCUGUCUACAUCAAUCCAACAGGAACUGCUUAUUGGUCUAUAAUCAAAGCUUAUGAAGCACUUCAAAAGGAAGAAGAGAAAGAUCAUUCACAAGUAGGUGGAGAAUUUACCCCUUUACCCGUUGAAACACUUAGUAAACUAACCAGGCAAACCCGUAAGAAAAUUGAAAGAGAAAUGAAAAAGAAGAAAAGAGAUGAAGGCAACAACAAUGGUGAUGCUGAUGAUUCAAAUGAUAAUUAUUACAUGGAAACAGCUAAACAAGAGAGGGCUGCUGCAAAGAGAAGUGUUGGACUUGGGAAUGAAUAUGAUUCUCAAAUUCCACAGGGGCAAAAAAGUCGAAAACUCGGAAGGUGUGUUUUGUUGGUUAGAAGUGAAGGGAAAGGCUCUGAAAAUGAUAGAUUUGUUUCCUAUUCAGGAAAACGAACCCUUCUUUCAUGGCUGAUUGAUUCUGGAACAGUGGAAAUGAGUGAGAAAGUUGAAUAUAUGAACAGAAGAAAGACACGAGUAAUGCAAGAAGGGUGGAUUACAAAAGAUGGAAUCCAUUGUGGCUGUUGUAGCAAAAUCUUAUCAGUUUUGAAGUUUGAGCUUCAUGCAGGAAGCAAACUCAAGCAACCAUAUCUGAAUAUUUUUGGACAAUCUGGAAAAUCUUUGAUGCAGUGUCAGAUUGAUGCAUGGAAUAAACAAGGAGAGUUGGAAAGAAAGGGUUUUUAUGCUGUAGAUGUUGAUGGUGAUGAUCCUAAUGAUGACACCUGUGGCUUAUGUGGCGAUGGUGGUGAUUUGAUUUGUUGUGAUGGUUGUCCAUCCACCUUUCACCAGAGCUGUUUAGGCAUAAAGAUGCUUCCUCAAGGUGAUUGGCAUUGUCCAAAUUGCUCGUGUAAAUACUGUGAAACUGAAGCUGGUGUUAGAACUGAAAGUCAACUUCUUGCAUGCUGCCUUUGUGAGAAAAAAUAUCAUGAAUCAUGCAGCCUGGAGAUGAAUGAGAAGCCUAUUGAUCCCACUGAUCCAAACCUGUCAUUCUGUGGCCAGAAGUGUCUAGAGGUAUACAGCCAGCUGCAGAAGCUUCUUGGGGUGAAACAUGAAGUGGGUUCUGGAUUCUCAUGGUCUCUUAUUCAUCGAUCAGAUCUUCCACCAGAUGCUUCAUCCAUGGAGUUAUCUCAAAGAGUGGAAUGCAAUUCCAAGCUAGCUGUUGCUCUUUCAGUCAUUGAUGAGUGCUUUGUUCCUGUUCUUGACAGGAGAAGUGGAAUCAACUUAAUUCAUAAUGUUGUUUACAAUUGUGGAUCAAACUUUAACAGGUUAAACUACAGUGGCUUCUUUACAGCUAUAUUGGAGAGGGGUGAUGAAAUGAUUUGUGCUGCAUCCAUCAGGAUCCAUGGGACCCAGCUAGCAGAGAUGCCAUUUAUUGGGACCCGCCAUAUGUAUAGACGCCAAGGGAUGUGUCGUAGGUUGUUAUCUGCUAUUGAAUCGGUACUCUCAUCCCUUCAUAUUGAGAAAUUGAUUAUUCCCGCCAUUGCUGAACACAUGCAUACAUGGACUGAUGUUUUUGGUUUCAAGCCUCUUGAGGAAACACACAGACAAGAAAUGAGCAACAUUCCGAAGGCUGACAAAUCGGAAUCAAGUUCUCCCGAUGUUAAAGAGUCGAGACAGAGAAUUGCUCCAUCGGAUUCCGGUUCUCAAGAUGCUAGCGAUGCCACUCUUUCCAUCAGUUCUGUUAAAGUUGAUAUUCCGUUUCCGGUUCCGGAAAGAAAACCAAAUGUUAUUAGUGAUUCCGAUGUUCAGCUUGAUGGUGAUGAUACAGUUAUGCAGAAUGGUGAAGAGAGUACUGAAAAUUUUGCUAUUUCUGUUGCCAUUCCGGUGAAAAAAGGUGUGCGGGGUGGCAAUGAGACUACAAACGGAAUUGCUGAUGCUGAUUCCAAGGUAGAAGGAUUUGCUCCGCAGAAUGGGAAUGUGACGCCUUCCACCAAAACAGGCGGUGCUAAUUCCAUUCCAGGUAACCCAUGUGAACUCAUGGGAAAAGAAUCAGUUUCUGUAUCUACGGAUUCCGAUUCCAGCAAAGAACUAACUGAUGUGCAGGAUGACGGAAUCACUGAUGCUAUUCCAAUUGACGUGAUAUCCUUAAACAUUUCUCUUGAACCCGAACCACAAUUGUCUGGAAUGGAAUCACUUCCAUCUGUUCCCAAUUCAGCUGCAAAUAUAGCAGAAUUGAUUCAAUUUUCAACAGGAAAGGAGAAAUAA